AUGAUAGAUUGUAUUCCCGAUACACCCAUUCGCAAGAAGACAGCUGCAGAAGAGCUGAUUCCGUCCGCCUCGGAUUCUUCCGAAGAUGAGACCGUUGCGACCGUCCCACUCUACCAGUCCCUCCAUUCAACCGCAACACAAGCGUCCACAAUACCGACCCAAGCCCUAUACACACAGAAAAUGACCCAGCCCACACAAAUAAUUGAGCGACCUACCCCUCCCAAAAGCUCUCCUCUUCGAAAUCCCCCCGUCGUUCAAGUUGCCACAUCCUCCCCUCUUGCCCCGACUACUUUUUCUCGCUAUCCUGCUGCUAGAGCUGGUGUUUUGUCUUCCUCAAUGGCACCCAGCGGCACUCGUUUUCGAGCUCCUGCAAUGGCUGCACCUGUGAAAAGAACGCCUGUUAUUGAUCUGGAGGAUGAUGGGCCUACUUAUCGUGGUGGCUCGUCGGAUGAAGAGGAUCUACGUCGUGGCACAACUGAUAUCAAACCUUCCACCUUCAUCAAAGCUUCAAAGAGUCCUGAGAAGGAGCGAGUGGCUGAAUCUCCCGUCGCUGCAACAAAAUUCAAAGAGAUUACGGCUGCAGCAUUCUACAAUCCAACUUCUGCGUUCAAGGGCCCUGGUAAACGACAGGCAGACACCACUCGAGAUCCUUCUGCGAAACGCCCACGCAGCAAUCUUACCUCUCCAGUUUCAGAGCCCUUGGCUCUUGCCGACAUUGAAGAUUACAAUAUUAAAACCAAAGUGGAGCGGAUGCGCAACGUCUUUCCCAACAAAUCUGUUCAAGCUUGCUUGGAUGCAUUACUGGCUAAAAAAGGAAACUAUGAAGAUGCGGUGGAUUAUAUUGGGCAGCUCGACGAUGCUCCAGUUGAAAACGCCAUGUCCGACGACGAACUGAGCCUCGACCACAAGUCUGCGGGCCCAUCCGCGCCAGUUAAUACCGCAAAACAGCAAAUUAAAGCGCGAACUCGAAUUCAAGACAAGUGGGCAACGGGCCAGCGAAUCGGCCAGAGAGCAGGCUCUCCACAAGCACGUCGGCGAUUAAUCAGAGGAAGCAAAUCACGACGAGUUUCUCCUAUCCCCAUUUCGUCUCCUGUCACCGGCGGUAUUACGAAGAAGCCUGGAAGGCUUGUAAGAGGAAGAAAAGCCAGAUCUCGAUCUCGAUCUGAAUCCCCAGUGCUCUCCUAUGUUGAAUCCGAUGAUUCUGAUUCUGCACCUGAGGCAUCGGAAGAUGAUGGUUCGUUGCAAGUUAAGGUCUUGAAAUUUUUCAACACCUGCUCCGCAGACGACCUCGCCGACAUCGCGGAACUCGCUCCUGACGUUGUCACCCAUUUUAUGUCUAAGCGCCCAUUUACUUCUUUGGCACAAGUGCGCGAGAUUUCGAUUGAACCCGUUCAGCCAAAGGGAGCGAAAGCUCGAAAAGCUAAAAAACCGUUGGGCGAUAAAGUUGUCGACAAGUGCCUUGAUAUGUGGACCGGCUACGAAGCUGUCGACGCUUUGGUCAAGAAAUGCGAAGAUUUAGGCAAGCCGAUUGCUGAAGAGAUGAAGAGAUGGGGUGUCGAUAUAUUUGGCUCCAAGACCGCAGGAGAAUUGGAGUUGGUGUCCUUGGAGAAAUCAAGUUCCUCCCACGAUUCCGGCGUUGGAACUCCCUCCAGCGUUAGCAGUGAAUCAACUGGCAAUAAAUUCAUUGGACAACCGGCAAUCAUGAGCGAGGAUAUCAAAAUGAAAGACUAUCAGAUUGUUGGAAUCAAUUGGCUCAGCUUGCUCUUCGAGCAAAAGUUAAGCUGCAUUCUUGCUGAUGACAUGGGACUGGGCAAGACCUGCCAGGUUAUUGCUUUUCUGGCUCAUCUGUUCGAAAAAGGCGUUUCAGGACCUCACCUUGUCGUUGUGCCUUCGUCAACAUUGGAGAACUGGCUCCGCGAAUUCUCAGUUUUCUGCCCAAAGUUGAAUGUCAUGCCGUACUAUGCUGGCCAAAAAGAACGGGCGAUCAUCCGGGAGCAGAUCGAAGACGACCGUGAAAAUAUCAACGUUGUCAUUACCACGUACACCAUCGCCAAGGCGAAAAUGGACGCAGCUUUUCUUUCGACAAUGGACUUCUGCGCUUGUGUAUUCGACGAGGGACAUAUGCUAAAGAGCAGCAAGUCACAGCUCUACAACAAACUUAUCCGCAUUCCUGCGCAAUUUCGCUUGCUCCUUACAGGAACACCAUUGCAGAAUAACUUGCAGGAACUAGCAUCACUUUUGGGAUUCAUUCUACCCCAAGUGUUCAAGGAGCGAAAAGAUGACCUGGAAUAUAUCUUUAGCGCAAAGGCCAAAACCAUUGAUACACAUUCAGCCCUACUUUCAGCACAGCGAAUUGCAAGAGCCAAGUCAAUGCUUACUCCGUUUGUGCUUCGCCGGAAGAAGCAUCAAGUGAUUGAUUUACCAGCAAAAAUUACGCGUGUUGAGUAUUGCACGUUGAACGAGGCGCAGAAAUCAAUUUACGAAAAUGAGAUAGAGACAGUACGACGUACCCUUGCUGAUCGUGCAGCUGGCAAGAAAAUUGGAAACAAGUCAACCAACAUCCUUAUGAAAUUGCGCCAAGCUGCAAUCCACCCGCUCUUCUACCGUCGCCACUACGAUGAUCAGACCCUCAGUCGAAUCGCAAAGGCGUGCUUGAAGGAUCCAAAGUGGGCAAUGUCAGACCCGGACGCGAUCUAUGAAGAGCUAGUUGCGUACAAUGAUUUUGAGUGCCAUACGUUGUGUUCGAACAGUCCAGAUGCCCUGGGUAAAUUCGCACUGAAAAACGACGAAUGGAUGAAUUCUGGCAAGGUCGAGAAGCUGUGCGAACUUCUCAAGAAGUUUACCGAAAAUGGAGACCGGGUGCUGGUAUUCUCUCAAUUCACCAUGGUCAUGGAUAUUCUGGAACAUGUUCUCGAGACUUUACAGAUUAGAUUUUUCCGUCUGGAUGGUACAACUUCUGUCGAAGACCGGCAGUCUAUCCUCGACGCGUUCUAUGAGCAGGUUGACAUUCCCGUGUUCAUGCUGUCAACCAAAGCAGGAGGUGCAGGCAUCAAUCUGGCUUGUGCCAAUAAGGUUAUUAUCUUCGACUCGAGUUUCAAUCCACAGGAUGAUAUCCAGGCGGAGAAUCGGGCACACCGUGUUGGCCAAACUAGAGAGGUUGAAGUUGUGAGACUGGUCACCAAAGAUACAAUUGAGGAGCAGAUAUAUGCACUUGGCCAGACGAAGUUGGUGCUCGAUCAGCGUGUUGCUGGGGAGGAAGAAGGUGGGAAGAAGGGUGAGGAGGCAGGAAUCAAAGCCGUUGAAGAAAUGGUGCUGGCAAAGUUGGAAGAUGAACAGAGUGAGAGGAAGGACGCUGGGGAGCAGCAGGGCUGA